AAGGGCUCGCGUGCGGUAUGCGCUUACAAUAAUUUGACAGGUAUCACGGACCGCUGGCGCGUUUACAGAUUUCCAAAGAUGACGUUCGGACCCCAAGUUAGCUAUUUUAAUCCAUAGCCCAUCAAACGCGUGUUGCAUGUAGUCGUUCUACCAGUGUCUCGGAGACGCGCGAGUAAGGGGUUUCUGGAUCGCUAGUCAUCACACGGAAGCUUUACCACACUGUCCCAGACUGCUUUGACAUUUAGUCCCGAUUUUUUGUGGGAAUUACAGCAAGAAAAAAACUUUGUUUAAAACAUCCUUAUCAUUCUCAAGCAUUUCUGAUACAGCCUGCAAUCCGUUCAUUCCACUAUACAGAAAAGAUGAUUCUAAGAGCGCGUUUCAUCGUGGCGAUGUUCUUCAUAUAUCUGACAACUGAGGCCACUCCGUUCAAACAAGCCUUUCUAGAUCAGCAUGCUGCAUCGGAAUCCCAGGAAACUAUCAUGGAGCAAAUUAGUAAAGUCAAUGAAAUGACCAAUAGCGUUGGUUACGAAGCAGACAUCGCCUUGACCGAACGUGACGGAAGUGUGUAUGACGACAUCGAGAAGCGACGGAGAAAAAGGAAUGCAGUAAGACAGAGGAAGAAGCUAUGGCCGCACAAGCAGAUACCAUACGAGGUCGCGCCGGGACUAGAGUCGUACGUUGAUAAUAUCCAGGCGGCGAUCAAAGAGUUCCACCAGCACACGUGUCUUCAGUUUAAGCGCCGUACAGACGAGGAGCACUGGAUAAAGUUCACUAAAGGAAAAGGAUGCUGGUCAUUCAUUGGUCGAAUUUACUGGCGGGAAGGGCCACAGGAGCUGUCCCUCGGUGAUCGGUGUAACAGCAAGGGGAUUAUUAUGCACGAGAUCAUGCACGCUGUAGGGUUUUGGCACGAGCAGAGUAGACCCGACAGGAACCAGUAUGUGGAGAUACUAUGGGAAAAUGUACAAAAAGGAAUGGAAAGCCAAUUCAACAAAUACCGACACACCAAAGUAGACAAUAUGGGUUUCAAUUAUGACUACCAGAGCAUAAUGCAUUACGGAAAAAGGACAUUUUCGCGAAAUGGUCUUCCCACAAUUCGAGCAUUUCACAAUCCCGACAUGCCUCUUGGUCGUUCAGAUGGCUUUAGUACGCUAGACAAGCAGAAAAUGAACUGGCUGUACGACUGCAAAAGUGAUGCCGAGGAAGGCUGGAGCGCGUGGUCGGAAUUUACUCCAUGUAAUAUCAGAUGUGUCAAGUCCAGACAACGUGUUUGCUUUGCGUCCGAUAGACAGGCAUGUCCGGGUGUCACGUCCAGCAAUGUGAAAACGCAACGCGUACGAUGCUCUCCGGCCGAAUGUUAUGCACCAGUCCAAGGCCACUGGGGGAGAUGGGCACGCUGGUCUACAUGCGACAAGACGUGUGGAUACGGCAAACAGAUGCGAAAGCGCGUUUGCGAUGACCCCAAACCCCGAAAUGGAGGCAAAACCUGUAAAGGCGCCGACACACAAGUGCGCAUGUGCAACAUGCAGCCAUGCUCUUCAGAUGCGUUAAUGUGUAACUUUGAUAAAGACAUGUGCUUUUGGGAGAAUGAUUGGAGUAGUACUCCAACAUUCCACUGGAGACGUCAUCGGGGCCACACCCCAAGCCGUAACACGGGUCCCGUGUCUGACCACACCUCUGGAAUGGGUUACUAUAUAUACCUAGAGACGAGCUGGCCUGCUCGGCGUGCCUACACUGCUACCCUCAUCAGUAAAUGGCUACCUCCAAGUGAGCUUAAGUGUCUAACCUUCUGGUACUCCAUGUAUGGCCAUUCUGUCGGGGCCAUGCGAGUCUAUAUCAGGGAUGACUUUGAGAUCAAGAAAUUGCUCUGGCUACGUUCGGGUCAACAAGGCAUGAAGUGGAGGAAGGCUGAUAUUAAUAUAUCGUCUUCUUCGAGAUAUAGGAUUAUUUUCGAAGGAGUGCGGGGUAAUGGUUACACUGGAGACAUUGCGCUUGACGACAUCAGUUUUACCAACGGCAAAUGCAACGAUCCUGGAUCUACCACAGCGCGUGCAUGACUAUGACGUCACUAGCUUCUGUGGUUACUAAGGCUCGUGACGUCAUGUGACUUUGACGUCUUUAUUCGACACAUACUACGUCAAAAUGACACCAAAAGUGUGAGUCGUUCGCUUUCGAUCGCCAUGGUCAUCAAACUUCGUUACGACCAAGUCACACGUUUAGGAAAUUACAAGUCAACCGAUUGGAGGCUCAGCAGCGCUAUGAACAAUUAAUGUUUCGUGCCACGCAAACAUAUCCAGCUAGCGUGACUUAUUCGUCGCGACGGUCGUCAUAUUGUUACGUCACAUGAACUUCUCGUUACGUUAUCUUCGAGUCAUGCAAUCUUUUUUUGGCGCAUCACUCUGCUUCAUACAACACUUGACCUUCGCCAAAAAACUCACUACUAGCUCUACCGAUGAGCAAAAAAUGUGUAGUAUAGAAAGCGUAUGCCCACAUCUAGUGUAAUUAAAAUCUUAUUUCUAUGCAUAUAUUUAUGGGGUUCAUCACCGGGUAAACACAUUCCAUUGGCUUUCUCUUUUAUUGUCACUUCCUUUUCUUUCAAUGAUCUCUUUUACAUAGAAACCUUGUCUUACUGAAAACUUGACGUUGUUAAUUCAUACAACAUAUUUAUUAAGAAAUGUUCUUCUCAAGUAUAUCAUAUGUCAUUUGGAUAUGCCUUGCUACAGUUCAUCUUUUUCUUAUUGUACAAAAGAAUACCAUGUAAUAUACUUUGUAUAUAAAAAAGAGAUUCUCAAGUGAAUUUUGAAAAAUAUAGGAACUGCCCGGAAAAUAGAUUUUUUACAAGGAAGGGACAAAGUAUCUGGAUUUAAUUUUAAUUUUAAAUUUUUGACCCCAAUUUUUAUCACAUAUUGUAAAUACGUAUUUUAGUUAUACUACGUGAAUGCCUUUAUUAAGAUAAAAAAGAUAGUUAUGCUGUUCUUACAAUCCCAGUUAAAAUGUUAUCACUGAUUCUACAUUAGAUUAGGUUUAGAUUAAAAGUUUAGCAUUUACUUAUUAUCCAUUGUAUUUUAUUUAUUUCCUAACGAUUAUUUAAAUGUACAACUGAAAUAAAAGCUUUAUUGUCAUAAUCGCA